CCCGUGUGCUGGCCUCCUGUGGGCGCCCAGCACCAAGGCGGGGGGCUCGGGGCAGGACCCGAGGUGGCCGUGUUGAGGACAGAUAGGGCCGUAGCGUCCCCGUGGUGGCAUCUCCCUGCCAGGCGCUGCCUCCCUGCCCGCGUUGUGCUGAGCUGGGGCGAUGCUGACCCGGGGGUUGGGGAGGGGUCUGGCUCCGCUGCUCCCUGGUGCAGGCAGGAGGUGCCUGGGGGGGCUGGAUGUGGGGGUGCUGUGUGCCGGCUGAGGGCACGGGGGGGGGUGGCUCGUUUCCUGCCAUGCUAAUCACUGCUAAUUGGCUUUGCCCUCCCCGGGGUGGGGGGGGGCAGGUAAGAGGAUUUCCUGGCCUCCUUCUUAAGGGCUGGCUGACCCCCGGCCCUGCUCCUGCUGCCGCCGCCAGCCCCCGGCCCCAUGCCACGCUCGCGGGGGGACAAGGGGUCCCCCAAGAACACCGAAGCCUCUGGCAAGGGGAAGCCGGGGGAGGAGGUGGGGGAGAGCCCCCCCAAGGUCCCUGAGGCUGGUGGCCCCCCAGGCAGCCCCGACACCGAAUCCCGGCAUGGAAGCCACGGGCGGAAGAACGGCAAGAAAGGGGCAGGGGACCCCCAUGCUGCCUCUGCCAAGGCAUACUCACCCUUCCUCAACACGGUGUUUGGCAAGGAGCGGGAGCUGUCGCCGGAGGAGCUUGAUGAGCUGCUGGAUGCCUUCAAGGAGUUUGACACAGACCAGGACGGCUUCAUCAGCUACAAGGACUUGGGUGCCUGCAUGCGCACGCUGGGCUACAUGCCCACCGAGAUGGAGCUCAUCGAGAUCUCCCAGCACAUCAAGAUGAGGAUGGGAGGCCGCGUGGAUUUUGAGGACUUCGUGCAGAUGAUGGGGCCGAAGCUGCGGGAGGAGACGGCUCACAUGGUGGGAGUGAGGGAGCUGAAGAUCGCCUUCCGCGAGUUCGACGUGAACGGGGACGGGGAGAUCAGCAGCGCGGAGAUGAGGCAGGCCAUCGCGGCGCUGCUGGGCGAGCAGCUGAAGGCGCAGGAGGUGGACGAGAUCCUGCAGGACGUGGACCUCAACGGGGACGGCCGCGUGGAUUUCGAUGAGUUCGUCAUGAUGCUGUCGUCCCGCUAACGAAGCUGUGGGGCAGGAGGGGGCCCGGGGCUGACC